UUUCAGAUAAAGUUGAAAUGAGGGAAAUUAUUCAUAUUCAAGUUGGUCAAUGUGGCAAUCAAAUCGGAACUAAGUUCUGGGAAGUAAUUUCGGAUGAGCACGGUAUCGAGCCUGACGGCACUUAUAAUGGUGACUCGUCGCUACAAUUGGAGCGUAUCGAUGUAUAUUUCAAAGAAGUGGAAGGCAAAAAAUACGUACCACGUGCAGUAUUGGUCGAUCUGGAACCAGGAACCAUGGAUUCAGUGCGUUUCUCGACCUAUGGAAAGCUCUUUCGUCCCGACAACUUCGUGUUUGGUCAAAGCGGUGCUGGGAACAACUGGGCUAAGGGUCAUUACACCGAAGGAGCUGAACUUGUUGAUGAAGUGUUGGAUGUUCUCCGAAAAGAAGCUGAAAGCUCUGAUUGUUUACAGGGUUUCCAAUUAACUCAUUCUCUGGGAGGUGGCACAGGUUCUGGAAUGGGAACGCUUCUUAUCGCGAAAAUACGCGAAGAAUAUCCGGAUCGCAUCAUGUCAUCAUUUUCCAUAUUCCCGUCGCCCAAAGUAUCGGAUGUUAUUAUCGAACCAUACAACGCAACCUUGUCCGUGCAUCAACUUGUAGAAAGUACAGAUGAAACAUUUUGUAUUGACAAUGAAGCGCUCUACGAUAUUUGUUUACGCACCCUGAAACUUACUGGACCAACUUAUGGUGAUCUUAACCAUUUAGUAUCAAUGGCCGUUUCUGGAGUAACAACUUGUCUACGAUUUCCUGGUCAAUUGAAUGCUGACCUGCGUAAACUAGCAGUCAACAUGAUUCCGUUCCCAAGACUUCACUUUUUUAUGCCCGGUUUUGCUCCGUUGACUGCUCGUAAUACUGCUGCAUAUAGGUCACUCAAAAUCAAUGAACUGAUCCAACAGUUGUUUGACGCACGCAAUAUGAUGACCGCUUGUGACCCAAGACAUGGUCGCUAUUUGACUGUUGCCGGAAUGUUCCGUGGACGACUAUCGAUGCAUGAACUAGAAACUCAAAUUUUAAAUGUUCAAAACAAGAAUUCAUCUUACUUUGUCGAAUGGAUUCCAAAUAAUAUCAAGACAGCAGUUUGUGACAUACCUCCGCGUGGGACCAAGAUCAGUGCUACUUUCCUCGGAAACACUACCGCCAUCCAAGAAAUAUUCAUCAGAAUCACUGAACAAUUCGAAGCGAUGUUUCGGCGUAGAGCUUUUUUGCAUUGGUAUACGGGGGAGGGAAUGGAUGAAAUGGAAUUCACAGAAGCGGAUAGUAAUAUGAAGGAUCUGAUUUCGGAAUAUCAGCAAUAUCAGGAUAUGCCGGAUGAUGAAGAUUCAGAUGGAGCGAUCGAUGAGCUGGAACCAGACGAUGAUAAGAAACAACAAAAUCAAGAGUAAAUAUCCCAUCCGUGAUAUCAUUAUUCCAG